GUAGGCUCCCCUGCACCUUCCCAAACAAAGAUGGAGGCUUGCAAGUCUGUAGAACGGGAAGUGGAUAAGCUGCUUACCAAAUAUUUUUCUUUGCGUGAACACGGACAGCGAUCGCUGGAAGAAUUGAUCAAUUCCAUUCAAAGUAUUAAGCGAGAGCUCGAAGAAGCACCAACAGAUCAUCAUCUGUCUGCUGCACAGGUUCUGACACUGAAUCAGUGCCUCAGGCGCAUUAGAGAUGGUGUGUCGUCUGUUAGUAGUGAACAUAAGGACUUACAUGGAUCAGUCUCCAAAAUUGGCAAGACUAUAGACAGGAAUUUUGUAUCAGACUUCUCCGCUGUGCUGACUGAUGGGGCAUGUGAAGGCGAGGCAAACAGACAAUUGUUGAAUGAAGUCAUUUGUGAACAUUUCCUGCGUCAAGGCAUGCUGGACAUUGCUGAAGCUCUCAAUCAAGAUGCAGGUCUAAACCUUUCACAUGAAAGGAAAGAACCAUUUUUGGAACUUCACCGUGUUUUAGAAGCCCUGAAAAACAAAGACCUGAUUCCAGCAUUAAAGUGGGCGGAAGAUCACCGUGAGCAGCUGGGAGAACAGAACAGCUCAUUAGAAUUCAAACUUCAUCAGCUACAGUUUAUUAACCUCAUUAGACAGGGCCAUUCCCAUCAGAAAGAAGCACUUUUAUAUGCCAGAAACUUUGCACCUUUUGCCAGUGACCAUCAACGAGAGCUACAAAGACUAAUGGGAAGCCUUCUGUACCUUCGUCAGGGCAUUGAACAUUCACCUUAUGCUCACUUUCUGCAACCAAUCUACUGGCAAGAAAUUUGUGAUGUCUUUACCAAAGAUGCUUGCCGUCUUAUGGGUCUUUCAGUCCAAAGCCCACUCACUGUCUGUAUUCAGGCAGGAUGCCGGGCACUGCCACCUCUGCUUAGCAUCCGACAAGUGAUGAAGGAACGUUUAGUUCCUGGAGUGUGGUCUAAUAAGGAUGAACUGCCGGUGGAGAUAGACCUGGGACAUGAGUACCACUUUCAUUCCAUCUUUGCUUGCCCCAUCCUCCGACAGCAAAGCACCGAGAAUAACCCUCCCAUGCGCUUGGUGUGUGGACAUGUCAUUUCAAAGGAAGCUUUGAACAAACUCUCAAACAUGAACAAAGUGAAGUGUCCCUACUGUCCUGUGGAGCAAGUUCCCUCUGAUGCCAAACAGAUCAUUUUUUGAAAGACACCUCAGUAUGAUCACAGCACAGAUGAUGAGCAGAUAGGAACACCUUGAAGAAGGGGAGGCUAAAAGCUUACUUUGAAAGUGUCUGCUGUGAUAAAAUGAAAAACAUUUUUUUCUUCAUAAUGAUCGCAGAUGCUAUUCUUCAUUUAAGAAUUUGAACACUGCUAAACAUGUCGCUCAGUUUGAGAACUACAUGAGAAGCUCCCAGACAUUAUUAAAACAUUGAGAGUACAUCAUAUUUAUUCUGUGCUGUUCAAAGUGACAGCAAUUUAUCAAGAAAAAUAGUACACAUUAAGUGCCGGCAGAAAAAAAAAAUUCUAAAUGUCAAUAAAAUCUUUUCUGUAGCUCUAAUCUUAAA